AUGCCCCUCCCUGUCGAACGUUCCCAAGGCAGUGUUUCCGCCCUCGUCGCCCGUUUCCAAACUGCUGCAGAUAGAGAUCGAGACGCUCAAGCAAGAGAAGCAUCCAAGGGACCUAGAUCAAGUGGUAGUUUUUCUCGUCGUAGUUCUAGUUUUGGUUUCGCUCCCAGUAUAGACUCUUUGAGUCCUGCUCCCACGGGAAGUGGAAUGUCCCCUGAUCUUCAUGGAGGUGUUGCAGGGAUCAAAGAUGAAGCUAUGGAGAUGGAGAUAUUGAAAGAUCCGCAAGAAUUGUCAGGCGGAAAGAAGAUCAAUGAAGGGGAUGAAAAGGUAGCUGAGAUUACGAACAUUACACCAUCACAUGAACCAUCACAGAAAGAACACGUUGAUAACGCACCUCCUACACUUUCUCAAUCGAUAAACCAGACAAAAUCAAUUAAACCUUCUUCGAAUGUCAAGGAUUCUCCACGAAAACCUUCUUCACCAAUAGCUACAAAAACCACAACAGGAGGAGUAGUACAUAAACCUAUCGUUGGGUCAAACACGACUCAAAAGAAUCAACCGUCAAUUAUAACGAAAUCCCCUCAACGCAAUACUACUACUACUGCUGCUGUAUCCCCAACUUCACCUACAAACCAGAUUAAAAAAUCAAACCCGAUAUCACCUAGUCAACCAGCUAAAUCUCCUACGACAACUUCACGAGUGGUUUCUCGUCCCAAGAACUUUUCCUCUUCCACAACAACUCCACAUCCUGGAAUCUCUUCAACUCCAAAAGAUUCACCCAUAAAACCUCCUUCGAUAAGUUCCGUCCGUCAACCCAAAAUACCUCAGACAUCAAGGUUGGUACCUAAUAUGACUGGACCUCGACAUCGUUCUCCUUCAGCUUCAACUGUCGGUGGAAUCACCUCUCCUCCCCCUCUCAGACCUCAUUUAACUGGAACUCCUUCAAAACCUACCGCUUCUUUCUUAGCUAAACAACGUCCAGCUCAUUCUUCUGAAGAGAAGAGAAAAUCAACACCAAGUAACACGAUGUCACUAGGUCGGAAUGCAGGUUCUAGAAUCUCUUCCGCUUCUCGUCCUGCCCCACGUAAAUCUAUUGAGCAAGAUGUCAAGAUAUCACAACCAACUUCGCCUACCACAAGCAAACAGUCUACGACAGGAUCUAGACUUUUACAAGGUACAGCAGCAUCAAGAGCCAGAGCAGCGAACGUUUCGCCUAAAACGGACAAAUCGACAAACUCACCUUCGAAUAAAGUAACAUCGUUGAGGAAUGUAUCGAACAGUAUGUCGUCGGGGAAGACACCUUCUAAGUCGCCCACUUCGCCCACUACGAAGAUCAAUGGUAAUAGCAACGCAUCAGCGACGGCUUUGAGUUCCAAGAAAUCGCUGGGGAAAGUGCCGUCGGAUAUCCAAAAAACACCGGCAGUAGGGAGAUCACCGAUCGGACGGUUGGGAUUAGCAGCGGCCAGAGAGAAGGCGGUUCGUCCGGAGCAGACACCACCGGUGGGAAACAGUCCGAUUGGGAGGAUCGGUUUAGCAGGAGCCAGAGAGAAGGCAAAGCCUGUUGAGGAAGAAAGAGAUGAGGAAGGGGAGGCAGUGCAGGUUGAGGAAGGCGGGUCAAAGCAGGAGACGAAUGGGGAGGUUGCCGAGGCCCAGGAGAUCAGUGGAGAAACUUCGGAUGUACGGAAAGAUGAGGAGGGCGAAGAGAAAGAGCAGGAGCCGGGGUCGGAAAAAGGGAAUCCCGCUGUAGGAAAUGAGGUUACUGGCAAGGGGGAUAAUGAACAAGGGAAUGAUAUCAUGAAAAAUGAACCUCAAGAUGCUGCUGAGAGUCUCCCUCUGAACGACCUCAAGAUAGAUGAUAGUCAUGGUGUAAUAAGCCCCAUUGUCAACGAUACAACACAAGAAGAACACGUCGAUCCUGCUACAGAGGAUAUCCCCGACAUUCCUGAUUCUGCCUGA